AUGACGUCCGACCAUCACACAUCAAGCGGAGACGAGUCCGCCGGCGAUUCUGACGCGUCGUCCGAUUCUGGCUCCGAAAACGGUGUUCGCCUCAUCGACGACGAGGCCGACGAGUCGGGCGGCUCUCGUGCUUCCGAAUCACCCGACUUUUCUUCGCCGCACCCGACGCACCUGACGUUCCCGCAGUUCAUGAGUCUCCCUCCAGAGCUGAGACGGCGGGUGUGGGAGCUGUUUUGCCCGGACGCGCUUGCCCAGGCGCGCGUCUUGUGCUUCACCUUGUCGCCGAGCUCGGGGACGAUGCGACGGCCCGGCGACUACUCGGUCAAGGAUCACUGGUCGCUGGCCGACCAGACGGAGGGGGUGAGGGCCAUGAUGGCGACGCACCAGGAGUCGAGGGGCGUCGCGACGAGGCUGUUCCCCGACGAGCUGCGCAUGGACGCGGGGUCGGGGGACGCAGUCGUGCGGUUCAGCAGGGAGAGGGACAUGGUGGUCGUGUACGGGUUCAGGGCCGACAGGACAUACUACCUGCCGGGGUUCGCGGGGGAGCCGAAGCACGUCGCGGUGUACACGGCGCGGGGGGGGCGGCCCGAGGACGGGAGGCUUCUGGAUCGUGCGGCGGGCGUGCUGGGCGACCUGAGGAGGCUGUAUGUGUGUGUGCCGCAAUGCACGCUGAGGCGGAGCGCGAAGCGGUGGUGCGGCACGGACUGGGCGCGCCGGUAUCUGGUGCGGACGUACGAGAAGGAGAUUGGGCUGGGCGAGGAUACGGAGGUGCUGUACUGCUGGCCGGACGAGGACCGGCAUCCAGACUAUGCCGGGCGCUCGGUGCCGAGGGGGACGACGGAGACGACGGAGACGACGGGGCGUGCUGGGGUGCGGUUGCUGCCCAUGGUGGCGUUCGAGUAUGAGCGUGGGAUUGCCAAGUGGCGGGAGCUGCGGGCGAUGAAGGACGGUCCCGUGCUGGACGACGAGAGCGACGAGGACAGCGACGAGGUUGAGUCGCGGGGGGGAGAGGAGACGGAUGAGGACGAGUACGAGAGCGAGGGCAUUGACGACUCGGAAAUCGAAGAGCCGGAUGAUUCGUCCGAGGACGAGGGCGCUCCGACGGGUGACGUCGGUCAGUUUUCGAGUCCAGAGGUUUCCGACGAUGACGUGGUCGAGGUUGCGCCGCCGGUGCAGAGACCGAGAAAGAGGAGGGUCGUGAGUGAUUCUGGGGACGAAGAGCCGCGGACCAAGAGGGUGCGGCUACGGGCUGUGGUUUCUUCGGAUGAAGACGAACAAGGCGCACAAGAAGCAGAGGAAACGGAAACGGAUGCUCGAGGCCGUCGACAAGAACCAGAACCACGUGCCGUUGGUAUCUCUGAUGACGACGAAGGCGAGGGAGCACUACGGUAUCGAAACGGCGCUGUAUACGAUGCCGUGAACCGGGACGAGCACGAGCACGAGGACAAGGAGGAGAUUGUGUACGCCCGGUCGACGACAAGUUCAAGAAGAGUUGCUUUCGACUCUGAAAGUGACGGCGACUCCGACAGCUGCCUGGGACAGGCGGAGCAAGAAGAAGAGGGGGACGGGGACGGGGACGAGGACGAGGACGAGGACGAGGAUGACGACGAUGAGGAGCCGCAGCGCAUGUCACUGGCGGAGAGACUACGAAGGGCAAGAGAGGAGCAUCCCGUGUCGUCUGGCACCGAAGAAGAGGGGGAUUCGCAGGAUGACCACGACGACGAGGACGAAGAGGACGGAGAAGACGAUGAAGAGAAUGACCAAGAAGGCCUGUUGGACGUCAUGGCUGGAGAGAGUGAGGACGACGACGAGGGCGAUGACUGGUGA